AUGCUGGAGAGACAGGUUCAAACAGGAGAACCAGGUGAGAAGGGGGCAGAGGCAGCCGAUCCAGCCCUGGCGGAGCUGAGGAAGCUGGGCAAUGACCUGCAGUCCAUCCGCCUACAGGUGGCCCAGCAUGUGGACGGGAACCAGAUCUCCCAGGACUGGAUGCAGGUGGGCUACAUCAUCGACCGACUGCUGUUUGGCGUCUACGGCAUCUUCAUCACCUUCAGCUUCAUCGUCAUCCUCAGCAUUUGGAUACAUUUAUGCCAGUGCGACUUGACCUGUAAAGAGGGCCACAGCGGUCCAACCUACGAGUCGAUGCAGACUGUGUUCGACCGCAUAUCCUUCAGACCGGCAGUCAACCUGAGUAAUCCCACCAUAGCAAACAUCUCCUUCACCCUGUAUGCUGUGCUGGGCGUGAACGAGAAGACCCAGAUCCUCACGACAUUCCUGUGGCUGAGAUUGUACUGGCACCAUCAGUUCCUGGUUUGGGACGCUGAUGAUUGUGGCGGAGUCACCAGGAUUUCUCUGCCAGUCAAACAGCUCUGGGUGCCUGACAUCAUCGUGUAUGAGUUGUGAGUGUCCAAAGAAAAUGUGGAUGACGACGUGUCACAGCAAUGCCCCUACGUCUACGUCAACCACACAGGCCACAUCCGCUGGGACAGGAUGCUGCGCCUCGUCAGCGCCUGCAACCUGGAGAUCUUCAGCUUCCCCUUCGAUGUGCAGAACUGCUCGUUUACCUUCGGCUCCUACAUGCACACCAUAAGGGAUGUGCGGUUGAGUCCAGCUCUGUCCUUUGAGGAGAUGUCGGGGAACUCGAAACAGUACCUGGAGACCAGCGGGGAGUGGGAGCUGGUCAACAUCUAUGGAGAGACAUCUGUCCUCAAGUUUGGCAUCGACGAAUGGGACAUUAUCACUUUCUGGGUGGUGAUCAAGCGCAGACCAGUGCUCUACGUGGUCAACCUGCUCAUCCCCAGCUCCUUCCUCAUGCUCAUCGACAUCCUCUCCUUCUACCUGCCCCCUCACAGCGUGGACCGCGCAUCCUUCAAGAUGACCCUUAUUUUGGGCUACACCGUAUUCCUGCUCAUCAUGAACGACCUGCUGCCCAGCACGGCCAACGGCACCCCCCUCAUAGGUAUUUACUUUUCGGUGUGUCUGGCCCUCAUGGUCAUCAGCCUGUUGGAGACGGUCAUCAUCACCAACGUGCUCCAUUCCAACUCCAAGAAGUACCGCGAGGUGCCCCACUGGGUCCGUGUGGUCAUCCUGAAGCACGUUGCCCGUAUGAUCUGCUACCAGUGGCCCAAGGAGCUCGUUAAACCCACGGCCUCCAGAGGAUCCACCCGGGAUGACAAGGCAGACAGACCAGACUCCACAAGCCCUCCCUGGGUCCUUGCACCAGCCACCCCUGUGCACACCCCUGUCCAGCACACUACAAGCAACAUUGGUCCUGGGGGGGUGUCCUCUGUGCCUGAACUGCGUCAGAUCUGCCAGGACCUGAGCGACUUGCGCGCACACCUAACGUUGAUGCAGAAGGAGGACGUGCUGCAGGAGCAGUGGUGCCACGUGGGCUAUGUACUGGACUUCCUGCUCUUCCGUAUCUACCUCAUCCUCAUCUCCUGCUACGCCAUGGUCAUCAUCUGCAUGUGGUGCAUCUGGGUCAACCAAUGAGAGACUUGGGGAGACCGAAAGGGUGCAUUCGUUUUUGGCUUGCGAUUUCCAUUGGUCUAAAAGUGAAAUCUCCGAUCACCCCGGGCCAGUGGACGAGC